AUGGCGCGGGUGCGAGGGCAAGCGCGGAGAACGGCGGCGCGCGGGGAGCGAGGCUGGCGGGCGAUGGCCACACGACCUCUAGCUGCUACCGGAGGGGAGGAGAUAUUGCGGCACGGGAAGAAAGCUUCUGGAGUGCGCAGAAUGGGAUUGGGGAUUGCUGUGAUUGAGGGCUUUCCUUUUCUGUUGGAUGACACGGGAGCGAGCGACAGGCCGAGCUGGCCAAGAUCCUCCACGCCAGGGGCUUCCGCGUCACCUUCGUCAACACCGAGUACAACCACCGCCGUCGCGGGCCUCACGGCGUUCCGCUUCGCCACCAUCCCUGACGGCCUACCGGAGUCCGACGCCGACGCCACGCAGGACCCGGCGACCAUCAGCUACGCCACCAAGCACAACUGCCCGCCUCACCUGCGAAGCCUGCUCGCCGGGCUGGACGGCGUGACGUGCGUCGUGGCGGACAACCUGAUGAGCUUCAGCGUGGACGCCGCCAGGGAGAUGGGCGUGCCGUGCGCGCUCUUCGAGACGGCCAGCGCCUGCGGCUACAUGGGCUACCGCAACUUCCGCCUCCUCAUCGACAGGGGCAUCAUCCCCUUCAAAGACGAAGAGCAGCUGACGAACGGGUUCAUGGACACGCCGGUGGACUGGGCGCCCGGCAUGAGCAAGCACAUGCGGCUCAAGGACUUCCCGACCUUCCUCCGCACCACGGACCCCAACGACGUGCUGAUGAACUUCCAGCUACAGGAGGUGGAACGCUCGGAGUACGCGUCCGCCGUCGUCAUCAACACCUUCGACGAGUUGGAGCAGCCGGCGCUCGACGCCAUGCGCGCCAUCAUCCCGGCCGUAUACACCAUCGGCCCGCUGGCUUCCGUCACGGAGCAGGUCGUCGUCCGCAGGGGCCCGGGCCCCCUCGACGCAGUGAGCUGCAGCCUGUGGCGGGAGGACCAGUCCUGCCUCGCGUGGCUGGACGCCAGGAAGCCCCGCCCGCGGUCGGUGGUGUACGUGAACUUCGGGAGCAUUACGGUCAUGAGCGGGCAGGAGCUGGCGGAGUUCGCGUCGGCGCUGGCGAGCAGCGGCCACGAUUUCCUGUGGAUCGUCCGGCCGGACGUCGUUAAGGGCGACACCUCCUCGGCGGCGGCGCUGCCCCCGGGGUUCCUGGAGGCGACCAAGGGCAGGGGCCUCCUGGCGAGUUGGUGCGACCAGGAGGCCGUGCUGCGGCACGAGGCGCCAUUCUUCGCGGAGCAGCAGACCAACUGCCGGUACAAGUGCGUCGAGUGGGGCGUGGCGAUGGAGGUCGGCGACGACGUGCGGCGGGAGGCCGUGGAGGCGAGGAUACGGGAGGCGAUGGGUGGGGACAAGGGCAAGGAGAUGGCGCGCAGGGCGGCAGAGUGGAAAGAGGCCGCCGCGGGGUCGGCGGCGAGGUCGCUCGCGAACCUCGACAGGCUCAUCAACGAUGUGCUGCUCUCUCCGGCACGAUUGGCGGCUUACUCAAAAUGGCUUCAAUGA